CGAUGUUUCCGUUUCGGUCGCCAUUACCAAAGCUUCUAUAACUAUUUUAUUUCGCUUUAAUUUUUUUCCUUCUUUGAUUCCUUUUUUUUUUGUUUUGUAAUCGUUGCCCCACACUGUAUUUCAAAGCUCUGUUUUUUAUUCGUUACAAGAACUCAAUUCCCAAAGUAUCCAAUUUGGUGAUUGAUGAACUACUGGAUUUAUUGUCAGCAGCAUAAUGAAAAUGGAACAAGAAACAAGUAUAAGGGAAACAAUCCGCAAUUGGAAACAUGGUUAUAGAGCUUUGUUGCAUAUGAGAUGGGCGGCUGCUUUUGGGUUCCAUUUAUCAGUGGUUGGUUUAGUGGGAGUUGUUGGCAUCGUAUUGGCUAUAAUAAGAGACGAUAAAUUGAGGAAGAAGAGAAAGAAACAUUUGGAGAAAAUAUGCUUGGUUCCUGGGUUGCAAAAUCUUGGCAACAACUGCUUCUUGAAUGUUAUUUUGCAGGCUCUGGCUAGCUGCUCACAUUUUCAGCCUUUUCUUCAGAAGAUACUGGAAAAAUGCGAGUCCACACUAGUUGAGGGACAGUGUGAAAGCUUGCCACUUACGAUUACUUUAUCUGAUCUCUUAGAAGAAUUAGGCAUGACUGGAGAAAGCAGAGUUGCAUUAAGCCCGCAUAAAGUCAUGCGUGCAUUGACGCUUUAUAUUCAAAAUUUUGAUUUAACAAGUCAGCAGGAUGCAGCUGAAGCAUUUCUCCAUCUUUUGUCUUCUUUAAGAGAAGAAUUUUCUGAUGUCUAUCUUCCCAGUCAAAGCACUCUAGCAGAUAUUUUUGCUUCUCAAAGUUGUAGGAUUCUGACUCCAGAAAGGAAGGAGGAUCAGAAUGAGCAGAAAAGAUGGCAGCAACACUAUCUUGGACCAUUUGAUGGCAUUAUUGGAAGCAUUUUAACAUGUCAGAGUUGCUCAUAUCAGAUUUCUUUGGAUUUUCAAUUUUUUCACAGCUUGCCCCUUUUCCCGGUGCUUUAUGGUGCUUCUACCAUUAUGGAUGGAUGUACCUUGGAGGAUUGCUUAUGGCAGUUUGUCCUUGCUGAAAAGCUCGAGAAUUACUACUGCAGCCAUUGUUGGCACAGUGCUGCAAUAAAGUACUUAUCUUGGAAAGUAGAAAACGAGAUUGAGAUUGAAAAGUUGAUGAGAUGCAGCGCAGAAGACUCCUGUGAUUGUCGAAAUUUAAGUUGUCUAGAAAGUCUACCCUGGUCAAAUAACUUCUCCAAUACUCUAAAGCAGCUACGUAUUGCUCGUUGUCCAAAGAUUCUAUGCCUUCAUCUACAACGUGCUUCAAUGAAUGAAUUCGGGGAACUAAUCAAACUUCAGGGUCAUAUUUCUUUUCCAUUGAUUUUAGACCUGUCACCAUUCAUGACUACUGAGGUGGAAAUAACAAACUGGGAAGGGGUCCGUAAAGGGCAACGGAAGCUGCAAAAUCAAAAGCCAAGGCCUCAUCUCAACCUUAUCAAUGUGCAAUAUGAAACCAUUUUCAAUCACAUUAGAAAACCAAUGGGAGAAAAGGUUUCUUCGGAAAUAUUAGUUGCUGAUGACUCUCAAUGUACUACUUCCCUUGGAGAUUCUUUUCCUAAGAAGAGUAAGCUGUACCCAACUGAUUGCUGUUCAAAGGCCUCCAAAUCGCAUGAGCAGCGUGAUGACAAGGUAAGUUCGGCUGGCAAGUUACCUCCUCCAGAAACUAAAUUAUACCGGCUUGUGUCAGUUGUGGAGCACUUUGGGAGAUCUGGAGGUGGUCAUUAUACUGUUUACAGAAGUAUGAGAACUAAACCUGAUGAGGAGGGUUCUGCUGAAUGCCCCGAUCCUGCUACAACCAAGUGGUUCUGCAUUUCAGAUUCUCAAGUAUGUAGUGUUUCAGAGAAGGAUGUUUUAGCUGCAGAAGCCAGCUUACUUUUCUACGAGAGGAUCAUAGAAGGCUGAAACGAUGACUACUCAUAUAAGUAUACUUAUUCUUAACUCCGUUGCAUUUCUCUCAAAAGCUCUGCUUCUAGCAUCACAAUUGCAAAUCGGAACAUUAAAGUGUUGAUAAGGUGCGUGUGAGAAGCCUGAAUGAACAUAGAUUGUGAUCAACUAAUUGGGAUCUAAUCUUUUCUGGAGUAACUGUGGAAGAAGCAAAGAGCUGAACCAAUAGGAACUAAUAGGAGACAUGAUGGUCCAAGAGUUCUCUCUUUUGAUAUACAUUCAAAAAUUUUCUGGUUUAUGUCAUUGUUUGUGUGAAUCUUGAAUCAUGUGUUUGUGUGUUUCUAAAGGAAAAUGUUAGGAUUCAGUUCUAAA